AGAGAGAGAGAGAGAGAGAGAGAGAGAGAGAGAGAGAGAGAGAGAGAGAUUUACAUAGAGAAAAAAAGAGGAAAACACACACACUCACACGAAGAUAAUUAAAUAAAAAAAACGACAAAAAUGAGGAAAGAAACUGAGCAUAAGGAAUAGAAGAAAAGAAGAAAAGGGAGGAAGAGAAGAAAGAAGGAAAUAAUAGAAGAAUAAGAGAAGACAAAAGAAGACAACAAUGGAGACAGGAAGGAUAACAACUAUAACAAACAACUUAACAUAGAGAAGAAAGAAAGGAAAGAAAAAGAAGAAAAAUAAUCCACAGUAAGACAAAGAUAAGAAAAAAAAGAAAAGGAAAAACAGAAACAAAUAAAUCCACUAAGAAAACAAGAUAACAAAACAAAUAAAGAAACACAGACAAAGAAAGUCAAAAAAACGAACACAAACACAACAAAACAACAACGAGAAGAACAACAAACCCCUCACAACACAACAAAACAAAGACAAAACAAACAAUAAAACAGCAAAAAACAACAACAAUCAAAUCAGCAAAACAAAACAAAGAACAGAUAAAACACAACAGCAAAAACAACAACAACAACAACAACAACAACAACAACCUCAUCAUCGUCAUCGUCAGCACCACCACCAUGAAGGAGAACAAGCUGGUCAUUCUCGGGGGUGGCGGCGUGGGCAAAACGUCCCUGGUCCUUCAGUUCUUGCAGGGAAUCUUCAACCCCGUGUACAGACCCACGGUGGAAGAUUGCUACAGCCACACCUUGCAGCUGCCCAGCGGGCUCUUCCAGUCCCUCGAGAUCCUGGACACCUCGGGCACACACUGCUUCCCCGCCAUGAGAGAACUGUCCAUCCGGUCCGGCAAGGCGUUCCUCCUCGUCUUCGCCGUCAACAGCCAACAGAGUUUCUACGAGGCACAAGCUCUCUGGGACCUCAUCAAGAGUGUCAAAGAUGUGGACAACGUGCCGACAGUACUCGUGGGCAACAAGGUGGACGCGGCGGGGGAGCGCGAGGUGCCCUGGGAGGAGGGUCACGCCUUCGCGGCCGAGCACAUGCCCUGCGGAGCCUACCUGGAGACGUCGGCCAAGUUCAACCUCAACGUCGAUCUUGUCUUUAGAGAACUCCUGGUGCUGGCGUUCGGACUAGGCAAAGACGAGAAGAAGGAGAGACGACCAUCCCGCAUCAAGCUCUCCCUAAGUGACCUGUCUCUCACUCUACGCCGCAAGUCUUCAGGAGCAAUGUCAACGGGCUCAGGGACUACUCUAGCGACGGUCUCCUGCUUCUCCACCGACGACGAGACCCCCUCCACACCCACCCCCUCCCCACACCACCACCGUGACCUCCACCACCACCUCAAGGCCCACGGUCAUCGGAGGUGCAGCGAGAGGGGUGAUAUGGACGAGGAGGAGGACGAGGAGGCGAAUAACAGGCGACAGUACCAUCAUAUUCAUCCGAGUUUAAUGUCUGGGAAGGAGAAGUGUGUGAUAUUGUAAUGUGUGUGUGUGUGUGUGUGUGUGUCUGUGUGUGUGUGUGUGUGUGUGUGUGUCUGUGUGUGUGUGUGUGUGUGUGUGUCUGUCUAGCAUCUGAACACAAUCCUUGACA